AGACCUUUAUUUUGUGGUUUCACUUCGGCAACGUUCUCCACGCAAGAUCUGAACUUUGCUUGUGCGCUUUUCAGCUGAGCAAAGGAGUUGGAAAGAAGGCUCAGUUCCUUCAUAAUAUGAUCAGCAUCGCAGCAAAUGACAUUGCAUUGCAGCAAUCUCCAGAUACCUCUUCGAGUUGCUUCCGGAUUUCUGCCAACUGAGGAAUUUCGAGAUCCGAUAGGCUGAUGGUUUGCGGUUGGUUUGCAGGGGCAGACAUGGCGUUACAACGGGCAAAGAGAUCGGAAUCGUAAGAAAGCCUUUUGGACCUCGGUUGACUGAAGAGAGCAAGAGGAGGCUGAGCACAGUGCACACUGGGUGCUUGUCAGGCGGUCCGCCGCAAUCCGGACUUUAGAAUGAAGGGAGCGUCUGGGUAGGGCAACUCUCUUCCACUAACCACCAACUUGCUUCCGCGUAAAUGCCCAUAGCGGCUCUUAUCGCUCGUUUAUAUCCACCGUUGGUAUCGUGAGGCUGUCAUGGGCACGUCUGACGCCAAAGGGAAGGUCCCACAGGACGUAGUGGCUAUAUUCCAUGCUUCAUUUCAUCCAACAAAGGGCAACCUUAUUGACUGGAGCUUGAAAGCCAGCGAUGAUUUCGACCUCGAUCACGUCGAGUUUAGUUCUCUUCCUAGUGGCCUCCAUCUCGUCGAACAGGAUGUAGUAUACUUCACCAAGGACGGGCAUCAGGGGGUCUGCGUCUUCCGCCGCAGACAAACAGCGGAGCAUGGUCACCGUGGUUUCCGUCUUUCGUCUCUCGGAAUCCUUCUCGCCAAAUCUUCUCGCUCACGGCCAUGGCGACAUGUUCCUGCUCUUAAAGCCCUUGUUCAUGACAUUUAUAGCUCUCUGGAGGAUCGAGAUGCGCAGGACCCAACAGAGGACGACUGGCAACCUGCACGCGUCUUCUUUGAGCAGAGAAAGGUUCGACGGGCUGACUUGGCUGGCGCAGGAGAUUGGACUGGAUGGGAUACAGAACUCAACAUGGGGGAUCCGGAUAUUCUCAAGACGACUCCCACUGUUCACCUUCCACAUAUGCUGCGAAUCCUUGGACCCUCGUCCCUAACACUAUACAAACAUGUUCUAGGACGCCGGAGGAUACUCAUCUACACUGCUCCACCGGUGGAGGCUGCAUGUAUUCUAUGUCAUGUUGCGGCUGACAUCUGCCUCGAGGACCAAUUCUUCGCCGACGGAGAUGAUGCUUUGCCCGACCGCCCUAAGGCACAGUCUAGGGAAAGUAUCAAGGUCCUGGGCGUUGUAACUCUCAAUGAUUUGGAUCGCUUGCAGCAAGAGAGCAACUCUUCAAGAGGAUGGAUAGCGUGUACUACAGAUGCAAUUUUCGUCGAAAGGCCGUCUUGCUAUGACCUUCUCAUUGAUCUCACUGCUUCAGGGUCGAAUAAGGCUACCCGCCCCAUCUUUUACCUAUCUAAAGCUGUGGAACCCGCACGUGAGCGGCAGCCUACCCACAGGCUAUCUCUCGUUCGUUUCACAUGGAGUGAUGUUAAGCUAUGGACAGAUCUAUGUCACCUAAUGCAGCUGGAUAGCAGUGCGCAUGAUGGUUCAUGCUGCGAUCCUUCCUCCAGCAAUGGAGGCAAGUCCCGACCGAGCGUUGUUUCCCCUUGGGCGGACAUUUGGAGAGUCUACGAAGACGUAUGUGUCCUCUGUGCUGGACUUUGGAUGGGCCAUUGGCGUAACGGUACCACUCCCGGAUGUUCAUCACCAGGGGAGAAUUGGGGUAGCAUUCGCCUGGAAGGCGAAGAUUACCUCAAUGUAGUACGCAACGAGAAUGGCGGUUCAUCCACCCCAUACGUUCGUAACGUUGGCAUGGGCAUCGAGGGUAGACCUGCAGGACCUUCUUCUGAUCCUCUACUACGCUCACGAGCCUCGAGACGUACUAGUGGUAUGUCUGUGUGGACCUGGGCCAGUGGGAAAAGCCAAGCCACAACGCUCAAAACCAUAAACGUGGAUGAAGAUGGGCAAGAUCUUGAUAUCGCAAACCGACGUCUGGAAGUGCAGGUUGUGACGACGCUUUCCCUUCUUCAGGCCUUCCACAAUAAUACCUCUGCUUUACUUGGCCAACUCUUGACAUUCAUUCCGCCUGGAGGUAGAUCACCAGAAAUCCCAGUCGUAUUGACACUGAAGGACGUCCUAUCCUUCGAACUUGGCCCACUAAGCAGUUUGGACCACCGGUUUGUGGAAUGGCUGGCUGAGGAGUACGGGGACGGCUCACAGAUCGUGGUGCGUAAGGGUUGGCGAGAUCUUGUUGGUCUUGUUAUUGGGUUUGGUUGAGUGAGCGUUGAUGUCUUCAGGAUAGUUUAUUUUUAUUGCAUGGAUACCCUAGGACUCUGUUGUCGUUCAUGAGCUACGAAAGUCUACUCUACAGUAGUCUACACACAAGCAUGAGUGAUUUGCAAUCUUAAUGUAUCCAUUUCAAGAUCAAAUUUAUUUUGACACUUACGCCUCGAUGUAAGCAUUCGUGGUGUAGCGGUAACAUUGGGUCUUCCCAUGGCCUAGCUCCGGGUUCGACUCCCGGCGGAUGCAUUUCUUUGCAUAUCAUACAAUUUUUCAUCUUUCAAUCAACGUCAGUGUCAAAA